GGAACCCUAAUCCCGGAACUUUGUUGUAACCCGAGAUAAAAUGUGGAGUGCACCUAUCAUGAUGGCGUUAUAGCGGUUGGGCUAAAUUGUUGUUGAUUCUUAUGUCACUAAUGGACUGACACCAGCCAACUAAGAUGCUACUAAAAGACCUUCCCCGAGAGGCGCUCAUGCGCCCACUGUCCAGGAAUGAAGUGGUGGGCAUGCUGGUGAGGUUGACCAUCUUUGGUGCAGCCACCUAUUACAGCAUCAAAUGGGUUGUGGAAGCUAUGGAUCCCACAUACAAGCAGAAAAACCAAGCCAAGAAAAAGGCAGAGCAGAUAAUGAAGAGGAUUGGUGUUGAGGGCGUCAAACUCACAGAGUAUGAGAUGAACAUUGCAUCUCACCUAGUUGAUCCACGGAAUAUGAAGGUGUCCUGGAGAGAUAUCGCCGGUCUGGAUGAGGUUAUCUAUGAGCUGCAGGACACAGUCAUCCUGCCCUUCCAGAAGAGACACCUCUUGGCAGGAUCCAAACUCUUUCAGCCCCCUAAAGGUGUUUUAUUGUUUGGUCCUCCGGGUUGUGGGAAGACCAUGAUCGCCAAGGCAACAGCCAAAGCUUCAGGGUGCCAGUUCAUCAACCUGCAGGCCUCCACGCUGACAGACAAAUGGUACGGCGAGUCUCAGAAGCUGACUGCCGCUGUUUUCUCCUUGGCUGUCAAAAUCCAGCCCUGCAUCAUCUUCAUUGAUGAGAUUGACUCAUUCCUGAGGAACCGCUCCAGCCUGGACCAUGAGGCCACAGCCAUGAUGAAGGCCCAGUUCAUGAGCCUGUGGGAUGGGCUGGACACUUGCACCAGCAGCCAGGUGAUGGUGAUGGGAGCCACAAACCGCCCACAGGAUGUGGAUCCAGCCAUUCUGCGCAGGAUGCCUACUACAUUUCACGUCGGCUUGCCAAACACCAGACAAAGGCAGGAGAUCCUGAAGCUUAUAUUGGCAGGAGAAAAUCUGAGCAACGCCAUUAAUUUGAAGGAGAUUGCAGAGAAGACCGAGGGCUACUCCGGCAGCGACCUCAGGGAGCUUUGCCGAGAUGCUGCCAUGUACCGAGUGCGGGACUACGUCCGCAAGGAGCAGAUGAGGCAGAUCGCGCAGCAGCUGCAGGACAGCCAGGAGGAGGAAAAACCCCUGGAUGAGGAGCGCUUGCGGCCGGUCACCCAGCUGGACCUGCUCUUUGGCCUGGACAAGAUGAAGGAGUCUAAGCUCGCCACAGCCUCCGUGGUGCCCAACACAUCAGAGGUCCCCCUGGACUAGAUACCCACAAUACACCUCCAAUGGGAAGCAAUUUUCCCCUCCCAUCCAUGGUAAUUUCCAGCUCACCGCUCUUCUCCUGAGUUUGAUGCAGAGGCUCCUCCACCACAUUAGAGGUGCCCUUGGACCAACCCGCAGCCAGUCGAAUAUUGUACUUCAUUUAUCCAGGCGAGAGGUGUCUGUGCAUGCGCUUUUUCAGCACACUCCUGCCUCACGUUGAUGCUAUUAUCAACCAAGAGCUGCCCGGCACAUCUGCAAUCUCCUCUCUAAUUCAGUGCCUUGCUCAAGGGCACUAUGAUGGCACUUGUUGAAAGAGGAGAAGGUGUUUUGUUUUGUUCACUUUCCCAGCCAAAUUUUCUGAAGCAUCCAGGGAUCUGAACUGCCGCAGUACCCUUUCAUGCACCUCCCUCCUCCGUUUACUUACUAACUCAUGGAGAGGAGGAGCCAGUGCUUCAGGACAGAGUCUUCUCUCUCACUGCUGUCAUCUCAGACCCGUGUAAUCCUCUGAGGUUUGCUGUUCCAUUUUCAAAAUCAAGGAUCAUUCCCGUAAUUGAGCAACUCAUGAAGACUUAAGUCAUUUAAGAUGAUGUAGGACCAUGGGUAUUACAGCCGAUCACAAGGUCUUACUUUAUUUUGCUUGGUGUUCCUAAAACGUUUUAGUAGAGUCUUCCUCUGCGCUAAAGCUGUGUGUGCUCUAAAUCCUUGAACAACAAAGACCUCUAAUACAUUAAAUGCAUCCAGACACCAUCAGAAAACAAACCAAAUCUGUACAUGCUGAGUGGAAAUGGGGUCACAACUAAAUCUUAAAAUAGGAAUCACAGCUGUAAUUAUCCAGAACACUUCUGUGUCCACAUUCCCAAAACACUCACUCUUAAAUACUGGUUAUAUUAGAAUGUAUGCCUAAGUUUGGGGCAGCAAUAAAUAAAGAUUUUAUCAGUUUCACAACAAAUGACUACAAAAAAGUCUUCUCAGCUGGGAGAAGUUGUAUCAUAGGUGUCUAGCUGUCUGCAUGUCUCUGUUUGUUAAAGCAAAGUGUGUGUUGUAAUGUUAGGACAGUAAGGUCAUGAAUCAGGAUUGCAACAAACAUUUAAAAAAAAAAAAAAAAAAAAACUUUACAUCUGCCAUUACAAUUGUCACCUACGAAGACUGCCACAGCCCUGUUGCAGUAUCACUUUGGGUUAAGCUCAAUGAAGCAGUUUUAUUACCAAUUACAGUCUUGUUUCACAAAUGACAUUGUAAGUAGUUUGUAAACUUUAUUGUGCCAUUGCAUUAUUGCUGAAUCCCCUUUGUUUUACUUUGUGUGCUAAACAUUUCAUAUCAUAUUCCAUGCAUGAGAUAAUGCCAGAUAUGGACUGCUCAGACUUCCACUUUGGUUUGUCUCUGUGGAGAGUGUGGUCACAGCAGUCUUUGAGAUAAAGCUUGUCUUAAUACACUGUAUGCCUCUAAUUAUUUCCCAGAAUAUUGCAAACAGUGUCGUGUUUGUGGAUCUGUCACUACAGUAGCUCCCAUACAGACUGAGAAGGGGUUGCUUGUAUUGACCAGUUUAUCAGAUUAAACCACAAGGUGGCACUGCAGUUCCACCGUGCUGUUAUUGAGGCAGAUGUUACAGAUUUAGAUGUAGACUGCUCAAACCUAAAUAUGGUGUAUACAUGUCAUGUUCCUGAACCACUAUCCUGAACUGCUUCUCAGUGUAAAAAGAGACAAAGGAACCGGAUACAUUGAAACUUUAUCUCAUUUAAGUCCUACAAUUCUAUAUUACUGUAAUAGCAUCAUUGAGCUCAAUCAUUCGUUUCGUGGCAAAGGUCAUGUCGGUUUUCAGUUGUUACCAGAUUUGCCAUCAACUACGUUUCUGUAUUGAUUAUGAAAUGUUGAAUAUGUAAAGUUUAUUUAUUUAAGGCACAAGAAAAUAAAUGUGUUUUUUCUGCCAUCAAAAUGGCAUCUCAUGACAUUUGAA